CAGAAACAUUCAAUGGCUGCGCUGCCAGUCGCUUGAGGUCGGGCCAUCGAGACUAGCUGGACGAGGCGUGCAUAAAGCAGACUUCCAUAUCGGCGCAGCUGUGAAGCACAACCAUCCACAUCGACCGACGACCACGAGCGAAGACAACGGAUCGUGUCACGCGGCCAACAGCGCUAAAUCGCAAACACAUCAUCCUCGAUGGCCUCAGUUGUUGCUGGCCAAUCUGCUCGGAUUGGCCUCCCAAGGCUGGGCAACCGCUUCCUGCAGACCAGCAUGUCGACCAGACGCAGUCUCUCGUCCUACUUGGUCACUCCCAAAGAGCUCCACGAGGCCCUAAAGAAGAACCCUCCGUCUCCGAUCAGUCCCGAUCCCCGAGUGAUUCCCCUGUGCGCCGCAUGGUUCCUCCCCAACGAUGAAAGGACCGGCAUCCAGGUCUUCCGCGAGCAGCGCAUCCCAAAGGCCCGCUUCUUUGACCUAGACAAGGCCAUCGACAAGCGCAGCCCAUACCCCCACAUGCUGCCGGAUGCCAAAGGCUUCGCAGCCGCUAUGAGCGAAUUGGGUAUCCGACGAGAGGAUGUUGUCGUUGUCUACGACACAAAGGAGCUCGGCAUCUUUAGUGCUCCUCGAGUGGCAUGGACUUUCAGGGCGUUUGGCCACCCCAAGGUGCACAUCCUGAACAACUUCAAGCAAUGGGUUGCUGAGGGGUUGCCCACCGAGUCCGGAGAGCUAUACAACGUCGAGUGCAACCCGUACCCCAUCCCGGAGCUUGCGUCGGAGAGAGUUGCUGGCUUUGAGGAGGUUAGGGAGGUAGUUUUGGACUCCAACAAGGAGGGAGCAGAAGGCAUCCAGAUCUUGGAUGCGCGACCCAAUGGCCGAUUUACGGGCAAGGACCCCGAACCCCGCGAAGGUCUAUCCUCCGGCCACAUGCCAGGAUCCAUCAGCGUUCCUUUCAGCGCCGUCCUGGAUCCGGAAACGAAGGCUUUCCUCCCGGUCGAUAAGCUGAAGCAGCUGUUUGAGGAGAAGGGAGUUGACCCCAGCAAGCCCAUCAUCUCAACCUGCGGAACUGGCGUGACAGCAUGUGCCAUCGACACUGCUCUGGAAGCAGCAGGAUACCCCAACACCAGAAGGGUCUACGAUGGUAGUUGGACAGAAUGGGCUCAGCGAGUUCAGCCAUCAGAGAACUUGAUCAUCAAGUCGGAGUAGGGAGACUUUUGUACAGCUUGCUGUCGAUUUAUUUGAGCCACGAUACCCUCCCUUUUCUUUUCUAUGAUUACUAUGCCUCUCAGGCCGUGUACAAAUAUUGAAUUACGGAGUCUCUCCAGCUCGUGUUUGCUCUUUGCUUUGUGCGAUAUCGUGGUCUCAGCCAUCUCAACUUUUUGAUGCCAACCAAUCUGGUGAAACUCAGUGUACGCUGCGCGGCCAAGAACAAAAUUGUGUCAACAAAUUAGCAAGUUCUCCAUUUUG